AUGGACCAGGCCGUCCCUCCUUCGCUUCCCCGGCUUUCGCGCGCCUUCUCCGUCCCCUUGCCCUCUCAGAUUGGAUAUCUGAAAAAUCCACGCAGGGCUCUCUUGCACUCGGGCACCGGCCCUCCUACGCCCAUUCUCGAGGACUCUCCCGAAGUGGCUCAGCUCCAUGAGCUCUCUCUGGAACUCGCCGACCAUGUACAGAUGGUCAUUCAGACUCUCCUCCAGCUCUCUCCACCUCAGGUCUUCGACCCCGCCAAGGAGCAAUUCUCUGCAUGUUCACUUCCAAUCCCUACCCCUUCGAUUACUGCUAUGUUCACGUCAAUGAAGAAUCUAAAUUAUAUGUCGGCUAACAUGGCUGCCUUUAACACAACACCAACGAGCUCACAGAACGGAGAACCGAGCUCGUGUGUGCGUUCUCCUACUGUUCUAUCCCGCGAAUAUACGACGCAUGAUUUCGAUAUUGGAGAAACGCUCCAGAGUGUCGGAGACACCCUCAGUGGCUUGGCCGCCGACGUCGGCGUGGACCUCGUUCUCUUUCACGGUGACUUGGGCAUGAAGCAUGUCGCCGUCAAGGGGGACGAGAGUGGCAUUUCUUAUACCCUUUCACAUAUUGUCCGACAAAUUCUUGCAACAGCACAUCGAGGCGACUCUCUCGAGAUCGGCCUAUUCAUUGUCGCACCUUUGUCCGAGGUCGAGGUGCCUACGGAUGCCACUGAAUCGGCAAGCCCGAUCUCACUCUCCCCUGACCCCACCAUGCCCCUUGUAUGCACUUUCACCAUCACACAUGUUUUUGCGCCUCCGCCCUCGCCACGCAUAGGCUAUUCUGGUACUCGUGAUCAAGCUUCUCCACUUCGCUCUGAACCCUUUUUGAGAUCUAAUAUCCUUUUGCGUCUCCUUCGACAUACCGACGCCAAGUUUGCUUGUGAAAUGUCUAAAACGACCGCUGCAGGUCGGUCGUGCAAGCUCUCCUUCACGUUAGAGCGCGGGUCACCGGCCGUCGUCAAUCCAGCCGUCAUCCUCUCUGAGGAUGAUCCCGUCCUUCAAUCGCUGCCUGGCUUCAAUAUUGCGGGAGAACCGACGUUGGAGGAGCUUGCGCAGUUCGUAGAGACGCUUCGGGGGAAGAAGGUCUCGUUGUAUGCGAGUUCCAAGGGCCAGUUUGCGCAGCAUCUCACGAGUUAUCUGACCGCGUGGGGCCUGGAUGUCAGUCCCAUCUCUUCAGAGUCGGAAGGCGAAAAUAUGCCGGACAAGUCGAUAUUGUCGGACAGCCUAGCAGACACAUCGCCCCCCGCCCCUGAAGCAUCUUUUGGCACUGCGCCGACGCUCGACGGCCUUUCAGAGCAGUCUAACGGUUCCAUUCUUCCCACUACGUCCGGCGCGUCACCUGCACCGUCGCCACCAUCGUUUAUCUUGAUAGACGACGACGUUUCCGUUUUGCGAGAACAAUUACGGAACUUGCUUGCCGAGCAGCAGUACCCCCUCCACAUUGGUUCGCGCAAACGACCCUCUCUGGCUGCUCACCAUCGCCCACGAUCCUCGCCCCAGGUCGUUCGAGCUAUGGGUUUAGGUAUGACGCCGAUGGCACCUGCUUCAAGGACUGCCAGCGUGAUCGUCCAUUUCACGAGUCUGGCCAACUUCAAGCUCGUCAAGGGAGUAUUGCAGACCGUGCUCGCUCCGAACGGCAGCUCGGCCGCGCGGAUGCCUGAGGUCAUCGUCAUUCCAAAGCCUGCGGGUCCAAGACGCGUUUUGACAGCGCUUCACACGGCCGCCACGAAACCUGUCGUCGACCCCUUCUUUUCUCCGAUCGCGACCUCUCCGAUGAGUCCGGGCCUGCACCCGCCCGCCUCUUUCUUUCCCCAGACAUCCAGUCCGAAAUCCCCCGUCGGGCGUCCAACGAGCAGUCCGCGCAGUACUUCCGAACGCUCCGCUAGAUCCCCCAAGGAGCAUCCUGUCGAUGGGUUUGGCGCAGCCCCGCCUUCGCCCCUUGGGUUGUCUGAGGGCAUGGACUAUUUUUCCGAGGCAGCGGUCAAGAUGGGCACUUCCCCAUCGUCCGGGCUUGUCAUCCAGAGCCCCGACGGCCAACCUGCAGGCAUUUUCUUUCAUCCCCGCCCGAAGACCCGCGGCUCACGUAUCGCCGCCAUUAGCGCGGAGAAUGCGCAAUUCGUGACGCUGGGCGACGGACCGUAUCGCCGGGCGUCUGAUGUCGACGACUUGAGCAAGGGAAGGUAUCAGUUUCUAGUUCCUCCAGGCACUUCGGGUGCGGGGUUAUCACGCCGAAGCUCGAAAACAGCGGUCACGAUUGAUCUUGGCUCCCCCGAGGGCAAAGACACUCACAGUGGCGUUACGUUGAAAGGGAAGGCUCCAUUGGAUUCCCCAGUUCCUGCGCACGCCGACAUGCCACAGUCCAUGCAGAGCAUCAUUACUCCUUUGCUUUCUCCUUCCCCGACCGAUUUGCCACGGCCACCACCCGCGCCUCGCGCGACCGCCAGGCGGCUCACGCUUGACAGCAAGGCGCCAACCCCGGCGGCUGCAGGAACCACAAAGGGCAAACCAGGGGACUCGAACAUCGUCCCGCCCAUCAGUGUGCUCGUGGUCGAUGACAACCCCAUCAACCAGACCAUUUUGUCCACGUUUAUGAAAAAGAAGAGGAUCAAAUACGACGUCGCGAAGAAUGGAGAAGAGGCUGUGCAAAAGUGGAAGAGCGGAAGGUUCCACUUAAUCCUGAUGGACAUCCAGAUGCCUGUCAUGGACGGAAUCUCCGCGACGAAGGAAAUUCGGCGGCUCGAAAAGUUGAAUGCUUCUCAGGGGUACCCUUCAACGCCACAAUCGGAUGGACAGCGCACACCAUCCGAAGCACCAUCUUCCGACUCCCGGAUGUCGACAAGCCCAUAUAGGUCUUCUGUCAUUAUUGUCGCCCUCACGGCCUCGUCCUUGCAGAGCGAUCGUGUGGCCGCACUAGCGGCCGGGUGCAACGAUUUCUUGACGAAGCCGGUGUCGCUGGUAUGGCUCAACAGCAAGAUCAUCGAAUGGGGAUCCAUUAAAGCACUGCAGAUGUGGGCAGACAUCCGGCCAGAAGUCGUCAAGACGAUUUCCACAGGGCAGACCAAGCAGGCGGAAAACGUCGCUCGCAGGCUGCAUGUACCGGAGGGCCGGGCCUCGCCUUCUGCCUCACCCAGUCGCUCGUCGUCACAGACCAGAACGCCUGCACCUGCUGCCACUCACAUGCCGACCUCGGCACCUGGUCCUUCAAUCCUCAACCCGGGCAAGGGACACACACGGCUUAAGCCCCUCACCGUGGAAUCGCCUGUCGUCCAGUCCCCUCUUUCUGCGUCUUCCGAAGGUGAGAGUACGUUCCGUUCCGUUUCCGUCUACGCGUAUACUCAUGAACCUUCAUUUGCGCGUUCAUGUGCUCUAGCUUCCAUCGCAACAUUGACACCACGCGCUGCUGGUACAUUCUAG